AUGAUAGCUGUUGAAGCUGGAAUUAUCACGAGCAGCAAGCAGGCUUUCAACCUGCUCAACUUCUUCACUUGCUUCCUUCUUUCACUCGGUUCAUUCGUAUUCGGGUAUUUUGCCGGCAUCACUGGCAGGACCCUGACCAAAGCGUCGUUCUUGUCAUAUAUGUGUCUAAUUGAUGCGGAUGGCAACGCUACGGCGAAAGCGCCUGCCUUGAUAGGAGCAACUACCGGGGCGUUCCAGGCUGACGGUGUGUUGGACAUUAUCAUCAGCGGCUAUCUCGCAGACAAGACUGGACGCAAACGAUCGUCAAUCUACACCGGUAUCCUCAGUACAAUCAACUCAGCCAUUAUAUCCGCGUCUCAGAACGUGGGAAUGUUCAUCGCUCUUCGUUUCUUCACAGACGCCAGCGGUUUCGCGUUUAUGACCGUCAUGGCCGUUUACUACGCUGAGCUUGGCUGA